AUAUUGAUAUCGGGAUCGACAAUCUUGUAUACACAUGCAACAUACGGCAUCGGCAAAGAAAACACAGAAUAUGUUUAGCGAGGAGGAAAUAUUUUACUCGGUCCUAGUUUUCCUAUGGAUCGUUUACUUUUGGGAGUCAUAUCUCUCAUCGAGACAGAGAUAUCUUGCUAGGACUGUAGAAAAAGUUCCUAAAGAGCUGGAGAAAGUCCUGGACCAGGAGACGUUCACCAAAGCCAGGCUUUAUUCCUUGGACAAAAGCACGUAUGGUUUCUGGUCCGGCCUCUAUCAUCAGGUCGAGACGACGGUAAUCUUGUGUGUAGGUGCCCUGCCCUUUGUGUGGAAACUCUCUGGUCGAAUUAUCGCUCACUUUGGGUUUAGUGGCGAUUAUGAGAUCCUACAGUCGAUCACAUUUAUCCUGAUAUUCAUGCUGUAUUCCACAAUUACCUCCCUUCCAUGGAGUCUCUAUGAAACAUUUGUACUGGAGGAAAAACAUGGAUUCAACAAGCAGACUCUACCAUUCUUUCUGAAGGACACGGUAAAGAAGCUAUUUGUUGGAAUGGCCCUGGCUCUUCCAAUUGUCUCCCUGCUCAUUUACAUCAUCAAGAUAGGAGGGGAUUAUUUCUUUAUUUAUGCCUGGGCAUUCAUGCUGGUUGUUUCACUGUUUCUCAUCACCAUCUAUGCUGAUUUCAUUGCUCCACUCUUUGACAAAUACACACCUCUACCAGAAGGCGAUUUGAGGACCAAGAUAGAGGAGUUGGCAGCAAGCAUUGAGUUUCCCCUUACCAAGCUGUAUGUUGUGGAUGGAUCAAAGCGUUCAGCACACAGCAAUGCCUACUUUUAUGGAUUCUUUAAGAACAAGAGGAUAGUUUUAUUUGACACACUGAUAGAGGACUACACACCUCCAGACGAGGGAGACAAAACUGAAGCCAAGGAAGAAGAGAAAGAAGAAGCAAAAUCUGAAGAAAAACCAAAGAAAAAGACAGGGUGCAACACAGAGGAAAUUCUGGCUGUGUUAGCCCAUGAACUAGGUCAUUGGAGUCUAAACCAUGUUCUUAAAAACUUCUUUAUAUCUCAGCUAAACACUUUCCUGUGUUUCAUGGUCUUCGCCUUCCUGUCCAAGGAAGUGGUGAUUUUCCGCGCAUUCGGCUUCGACACGGAGCCCGCUCUGAUCGGAAUGAUGAUAACGUUCCAGUACAUCUUUAUGCCGUACAAUGAGGUCCUAGGGUUUAUCAUGAUCAUAUGGAGCAGACACUGUGAGUUCCAGGCCGAUUUCUUCGCCAAGCAGCUGAAGCGAGCCACUGAGCUCAAAUCGGCUCUGAUUAAGCUCAACAAAGACAAUCUCGGGUUCCCGGUCACCGACUGGCUGUACUCGACCUUCAAUUACUCCCAUCCCCCUCUACUGGAGAGACUGAAGGCCAUGGAGAAAGUGGAAUAAGUUUGUGAAGGAUAGAAAUUGAUUGAUUAAAGACAUAAAUCAUUUA